UCAGCACAUUCUCCGUAUUCGAAUACAUCCUACGCUAGCAGUUGUAGCAGUUUUCAUGGUAACAGUAUUUGGAGCAUACAUGUACAUCUCAGCAUAUUCCAGACUGGAUGUUAGGACCAACAAUACUAACGACCAGAUACUAGUGGAUGAUCAAAACAUCGACCAAGCGACUAAUGUCGGUAAUAUGAAGUCAUGGCGACCUGAAAGUAUUCCCAAAUCACAUGAUUUUGAAUUUGUUAGCAUCAACAAUCGAACACACCAACUUAGUGGAGCUACCGAUAAUAACACGGCAAUUGUCAAGAGCAUGUUCGUGGACAGAGAUUUAUUCGUAAACACCACAGGCGAGAUCGCAAAACACAAGAUCCUAUUCUGGAACCCACCCGGCUGGAUGAUAAAUUGGUUCAGUGACACGGACAUGACGCAAUGUAAUUAUAAGAACUGCAAAAUAAGUUAUGACCAGAGGGAGUUUUUCACUAGUAAGGCGGUAGUGUACUCCAUCCCGGACGCAGGCAUGGACCAUCGUCCACCCGUCAGUCCGGCCCAGCGCAAUCCUGACCAGGCAUGGAUAUUUUUCACAUUGGAAAGUCCAGUGCAUUUAGUGCGCAAGGAAUUCCGGUCACCACACUGGCAUAACACAUUUAACUGGUCGUGGACAUAUCGUACCGACUCGGACAUUUUCCAUCCGUACGGGCUUCUUAAAACAAGAACGAAGCUUUUAGCCAAGAACUAUACGGAAAUCUUCAACCGAAAAACGAAAAUGGCCGCAUGGGCGGUCAGUCAUUGUUCUACAUAUAGUGUAAGAGAACGCUUCGUCCAAUUACUUUCCCGCCACGUCAAGGUUGACAUAUACGGCAAGUGUGGACUUCAGCCGCCGCAAGAUUUGGACGCAAUAUUAGACAAUGACUAUACAUUUUAUCUUGGUUUCGAAAAUUCUUUCUGUCAAGAUUAUAUGACGGAGAAGUUGUUUCAGUAUUACAAACGUGAUCUUAUAACAGUGGUACGGGGGUCAAUGGGCUACGCGAAGUAUCUCCCGCAGGAAACCUUCGUGAAUGCCGCUGAUUUCCGUUCAGUGAAGGAACUAGGAGAGUUCUUAAACAGGCUGUCGAAUAAUGAAGACGAGUAUAUCGAAUACCUUAGACGAAAGGACUCGUAUGAGGUGUACGAGAGGGAAUAUGUAUUCAGGGACGCAAUGUGCAACAUCUGCGAUAAAAUCAAUAAUUUGGAGAAAUAUAGAAAGGUCUAUAAAAAUAUAAUCGAGUGGUUGGGUAAUUGUUAUAGUGCGAACGAUCUGAACUAAUAUUUGUUAAAAUUUCUAUGAUAUUUAUGCAAAUAGUGUUCGUUUAUGUUUAUU